AUGGACGGCUUUGACGAGGAAGCUUUCAAAAAGUUCUAUCCCUCUGGCUUCGGCAAGCAGGAGAAGGAGGUUGAUGUUGAGUCGCAGAUCAAUCGAUCCAAACGGACUGAGAUUGCGGUUCCCAUCCCAGCGGACAACGAUGAAGCACAAGAAUUAAAUGCGCCUAGCCAUGCGGAGGAGAGAAGGCCACAAGAACCUAAAGACAACGAUGACUCCGACUCCGACGAUCCUUCUGACGAUUCCGACGACGACGACGAGGACGAAUUUCCUGUUUCACACGAAAUGGUUCUAAAAACACACGAGCGGGCCGUGACUACUAUGACGCUGGACCCUGCGGGAGCUCGACUAAUAACAGGUUCGACCGAUUGCACACUGAAGCUUCAUGACUUUGCUUCUAUGACCCCGUCCACUAUUCGCGCAUUCAAAUCAGUCGAUCCCUCAUUUAAAAAAACAUCUGCGUCACAGGACACCCACGCCGUCCACUAUGCUGCAUUCAACCCACUCUCACCGAGCCACGUUCUCGUGGUCUCCGCGACUUCGCAACCCCGAAUCCUCAGUCGAGAUGGCGAAAUUUUGACAGAGUUUGCCAAGGGUGACAUGUACCUACGCGACCUCAACAAUACCAAAGGACAUAUCGCGGAGGCAACUACUGGAGUUUGGUGUCCUUUUGAUUAUAAUCUCUGUGCUACGGCUGGAUCGGAUAGCACAGUGCGUAUCUGGGAUGCCAAUGUGGGUCGCUCGCAAAAGGAGGUGAUCAUGCAUAAAUCCAAGGUCGCUGGGUCUGCUGGCCGGACUAAGAUGACCGCUCUCGCCUGGGGAUCCGCCAAACAAGGCGGCUCAAAUGUUCUGGUUGCUGCCGCUCUUGAUGGAAGCUUGACUAUGUGGAGUGGGAAUGGUCCAUUUAGACGGCCUACCGCCGAAGUACGGGAUGCUCAUGUUCGAGAUACAUGGACCAGUGGACUGGAUAUUAGCUCCGACGGGCGGCUUGUCAUCAGCAGAGGUGGCGAUGAUACAAUCAAACUCUGGGACACUAGAAAUUUCAAGAGCCCGGUCAUAGCCAUCACUCAUACCUCGACAUCCUCUCGUUACCCCACAUCAAAUAUCCAGUUCUCUCCGUCGUCUGCGAAUAUCAUCGUGGGCUCCGAGACUGGCCAUCUGCACAUCCUCAACCCGGCUCUGAGACCGGAGCUCGUUACACCUGUUACCCCAGGGUCGCCGGUCAUCUCAGUUCUGUGGCAUGAGAAGCUCAACCAAAUCUUGACUGGUUCCGCAAAUGCCGAAACACAUGUCCUGUACAAUCCGAUUAUGUCCACGAAGGGUGCGGCCUUGGUGAUGUCCAAAGCACCCAAGCGUCGCCACUUUGAUGACAACCCUACCCUUACAACGGAUCUAUCCACUGGCCUCGCUGGCGACUCGGUGGUGGUUGGCUCUAACGGCGUGCCACAAUAUAGCUCGGCCACCUAUGCAGCUCGCCAUCCAAACGUGGGUUUAACAGCUUCUGGCCGUUCACGCGAUCCCCGUCGACCCCAUGUGCCAGCUGUCACACCUUUUGGCAAAUCUCAACCUGAUGAGAAGCAUAUUCGUGAAAGUUUCCCACUCAGUUCCAUGCGUGACGAGGAUCCGCGGGAGGCUCUCUUGAAAUACGCUGAGAAGGCCGAGAAGGACCCGAUCUUUACCAGGGCAUACAAGGAGACGCAACCCAAUGCAAUCUACGCCGAGAUCAGCGAUGAUGAAGAACAAAAGGGACCGGAAAAGAAGAAAGCCCGACGAUGA